AUGUCUUUAUUACCUGGCACUUACCCGCAGGUUGCUCACCACAUCCCGGGCAUCGACCUAUCGAAGUUCGGCGUUCCAACUACCCAAUACCGUCCUCCUACAGCCGUCCAGAAUGAGAGCUGCCUCUCUCAGCCUUCAUUUGCCCCGGCUCCAAAGUAUGGACAAGAACUGUUUGUCAAGCAAGACUUUGGGUCUGAGAUAGUCACCUCCUUUCAGAAGGAUGCUCAGGACCUCCGCCAGGUAAAUGCUGCUCAGGCAGGCCAGAUCAUCGAGCUUCGCCAAGUCAAUGCCUCACAAGCAGAUCAGAUCAUAGAUUUGAAGAUCCGAAACGCUGUUCUGGAGAACGAUCUGAAUCACGCUGUGAAGGACAAGGAGAACGUCGUCAGCACAAUUGGCAUCGUCAUUCAGUCCAUUACUCGUGGUACCUCUGUUACCCCGACUCCUCAGGCUGUUUCUGUCCCAGAUUCCAACUAUUUCACGUCAAGCAGCGAUUCCAAGAUCAUUGCUCAAAACAAGGAGAUUGAGAGAUACCGGAAGGCUGAACGUUCUUUGAGAGCUCGCAUUUCUGAUCUGGAGCGUGAUCAUGAGAUUCGUGGGCGUGCCAGAGAGCGAGAGAACGAUGACGGCUCCAUGGGCAGAGAUCACAAAUUUUUGAGACAGAGCGGAUGGGGCGAGAACGCUCACACCAUUGACUCUGUUAUCCCCCCUCCCAAACACCAUCCUGGAUUCGCCCAAGCCAAAAAGUUGUCGGGUCCUGCAGCCUCUGAGCUGAUGGGAAGCUGGGCUAUGGACGAUGCCAGCCACUCACCAACCCGACGAAACUCUCCGAUUGUCAAGCCGGUCCACGACCCUGCUGCGGCGGAUGUUGGCAUGUGUAGCUUGGAAGACUUUCUUGAGAACAACGGGCUCCCGGCUGUGGUUUCCACCCCUUCCCCGACGGCUCAAGCUACACGACCCAGCCUAUUUGAUGUGGACCGCCCUAUUGAUGAGCAAAUUGCGGACUUUAUCAAGGCCGAUGCCCAAUUCUUGAACAUGCCCAAGCCCAAUGUGCUAAAGGUUGGGUUCAGAUCCGAGGGUGCCCAUCGGGGUGCUGACUACGACAACAUGAAGCCUCCUGAGCCGCUCCCUCCUCUUCGGAAAAGAACGGAUUGGCAGCGUCCUCCUCCUGGAGCUCCAAAUGGUCCACGAGGCUAUCGUCGCGAAGAGGAGCUUCCUGACUACCUCAAGGAGGCAGCCUUUGACCGGAAUGGUGGCCUGUGGAACAACUUUGACGACAAGAACGAUGCAGUCAAGAACCAUAUGCGUGCUGCUGGUCGGAGGGAGGCUCGUCAAGUUGAGCUAUUUAAGUAUGGCAUCCAAUACACCCCAACAGAGAUGGAUUCCAACUACUUCCGCACAAUCCAUAUCAGCAACCUGCCUCUCGGUACCGAUGCUCGAGACGUGCUGGCCAGAAUCCGAGGCGGUGACGUCCUCAACGUUGCUGUUCUGAACAUGGGCAAGAUUGCCUCAGACUCCGUCCAGGCCAGAGUCGUCUUCAAGGACGAAGCUGCGGCAAUGGCCUAUCUUUCAUAUGUGGAGAAGAACCCCAUUUCGUUCAGUGCGGGAGAUGACGGAGAACCCAAGGUCGUUGAAAUCGCUCUCAUUGAGACCCCCACCUAUCCGAUCGCGUUCAGAUUGGCCAGAGCGCUCUCGCAACAGACUCGAUGCAUUGCUGUGCGUCGUAUCCCAAGCUCUUUCUCCCUCAAUGCCCUCGAGCACAACCUCGCUUGUGGAAGCCGCUGGAGAGCCGAGGGUCUGGUUGAGAUGUUCAUCGAUGAGGAGGGCGUCCUGCACUUGGAGUUCUCCAGUGUCUCCAUUGCAGGCGGUGCCUGGUCUAUCCUCACGACGUUCAACUACUACCGCGGCUUGGAGUGCCGCUGGGAGAAGGAUCCGUGCUCUGGCGAUGUUGAGGAGUUGGCCGAAGGCGUGAUACCUAGACGUCCAACGUACCCAGCCAACUGGAACAUGUUGCAACCCGGCGAGGGCAUUGCUGCGGAGAGCACCCAGGCUGAGGGUAGAAAGCCGCUUGCUGCGCUCUCCAAGCAAAAAGUCGAUAUCCCAAUAUUCAGCGGUGCAAAGCUCCAGUCGAGCAGUUGGGCCGACGAGGUCAACGGGGAACUGAGUGAGACUGAGGUUUCACCAGGUCCCCGUGGAAGUUCUGGUCAAGAAACUGGUUCAAGUUUCUCAGAACCUGUGGAGAGCAGCAAUGCUGAUACCAAUAGCCCCAUCAGCACCACUGAUGCUACGGAUGUCUCCAAGUCUGGCUCAACCUCAUCUCCAACUACUGUUGAUGCCGAUCUCUCACUCCUCCGAGCCCCGAACACCAACCAACUCCUCGCGGCGACGACUUCCAAGGUCGAGUCUUCCACUCAAGACCUUCCAAAGCCCCUCGUUGGUCUUGCCGGAAGUAAGUAUGCCAGCUCGGUGCCCUCCGUCACCGAUAUCUCACCUCCCCACCGUCCUACGCAAGCCCCUACCUUGGGAGCGGGCUUCGCUAUUGCCAGCAAGCUAUCCUAUAGCCCGCCACGAGUCAACUUGUCACAUCUCAUCGCCUCCCCACCCGUUUCACCCCCUUUGGGCUCUCAGCCAUCACCAAUCAAGAAAACUACGCACCACCACAUCCCAGAGGAACUGUCCGCCACCGGACCAGAUACCACUGCCGCUAUUGCGGAGAACACAAAGGUGGUCACGCCGCCGCCCCAGCCCCAGCUAUUCCAGUGGUUCCAAGUCGCCAGCAGCAACAAGAAGAAGCGCGGCUACGCAGCUACCGCGCAGGAAGCCGAGGCUCCAACUUCUCGCCGCAUCACAGCGGAGAGCCGCGCCCCUGAUGAUGUUGAAGGCAAGGAAGGGGGGGAGGACCUCGUCUUCAUCGUCAGCAAUCCGGAUGAGAUUUCCCUGGACGAUGAUGAUGACAACGUGAAGGAGCAGAAGGAGCCGGGCGAUGAGGUUUCUCACGGCAUGGACCCGCUGGUGAAGAGCGCGGCAGGCAUCAAGGCAGGUGUGCUCGCUCAUGCUCCUCGUGGAGAUGAGCAGGCCAUCAUCGCCGCCAACACGGACGAGAGUACGAGUACCGCUGCUGAGCGCGAGAAGCAGGGUGGCCCUGCGGAGGCCUGCGGAGCAGUGCAUUGA